CUUCGGCCUGCAGAUUUAUAUGCACACUUCGAGAUGCAAUCCUGUCUGCCGGAACGGCAGGAUCAGCAGAUCUAAUCCCUGCACCCGUGCCGCUUAGAAGUCCCGACGUCCUGUGUUAUGCCUCAAGGUCAAGGAUUUCCAGGGGGCCCCAUAUCACGAUCCUUGUGGUGUGGCUUUGAUCUAUUCUAGACGGCCACCAAGUAAGUAGCAAAGGGGUCUGACAGCAUUAUAUGAACAAGUGGGAUACGAUUGAAUCAAGAGUGGUUACGCCGUUGGUUCUUGCCUCCUUCUUCAGCACCGCAGUCACCCGUCAGUCUUCAAUACAACAUGAGGACUUCCACAUUGUAUCUCGGCGUUUGCGCCACGCCUGCGCUUUCCCUGGCCUUCUCGAGCGGCUCUUGCAAGUGCUUCCCAGGGGAGAGUUGCUGGCCGUCCACCGAGAGCUGGGAAUCCUUGAACGCGACGGUUGGUGGCAGGCUGAUCGAGACUGUUCCCUUGGCUCAGAAAUGCCACGACCCUCAGUUCGACAAUGCCACCUGCUCAACGCUUCAGAGCGAAUGGAAGUCACCAGAGGUGCACAUGUCGGACCCGUCCUCCGUAAUGGCCCCUUUCUUUGCCAAUCAGAGCUGUGACCCCUUCACUGCCGAGGACAAGCCCUGUGACUUCGGCAACUAUGUCCGUUACGCCGUCAAUGUCUCAAACGCAGAUGAUGUGGUUGCUACCAUCACAUUUGCCAAGGAGAAUAACAUCCGGUUCGUUAUCCGAAACACCGGACACGAUUAUCUCGGUCGUUCAACUGGGGCCGGAUCUCUCUCGGUGUGGACUCACUACCUGAAGGACAUCGAAUUCCUCCAUUGGAAGGAUGCCACCUACACCGGGCAGGCCGUCAAGGUCGGUGCGGGAGUUCAGGGCUACGAGAUCAUGGAUGCCACCAGGGCCCGUGGGCUGGUUGUGGUUGGUGGUGAGUGCCCGACUGUCGGUAUUGCUGGAGGUUAUACACAAGGCGGUGGGCACUCUGCCCUGAGCACAAACUUCGGUCUCUCUGCGGACAAUGUUUUGGAGUGGGAGGCAGUCACUGCAGAUGGCCAGAUUGUCAAAGCUUCCCCUACAGAGAACCCAGACCUCUACUGGGCUCUUAGCGGCGGUGGCGCGGGCAACUAUGCUGUCGUGACCUCGAUGACCGUCAAGGUCUUCCCCGACACUCAUGUUGGAGGCGGUACCCUUGCCUUCUACGCGGCUGAUACAACCGCCGACCAGUUCUAUGAGGGUAUCAACGCAUUCCACGCGGCCCUGCCAGCCAUGGUGGACGCGGGAUCCAUGGUUGUUUACUACUUCACCUCCACUUUUUUCCAAAUUGCGCCACUCACGGCCUACAACAAGACAGCAGAAGAAGUCGAGACUAUCCUGGCUCCUUUUGUUCAAAAACUUAACGAGCUGAACAUCAAGUACACAGCUGCCUACAACGAAUCUUGCUCGUACUACAAACACUACGAUACCUACUUUGGACCACUCCCCGUCGGUGCUAUCCAGGUCGGAAUAGCCCAGUACGGUGCGAGACUCAUCCCUCGCGCAGUGGUAGAGGGCAACGCAACAGAACUCAACCAAGCAGCCCGCUUCAUCGCCGAGCAGGGCGUCACCUGGAUCGGUGUCGGAACGGACGUCAGCAAGUUCGCGACCGACGAGAAGAACGCCGUGCUGCCCGCCUGGCGAAGCGCCCUCGUCCACGCCACAUUGACGACUGUCUGGUCCUUCGACCCGGCAGACUGGGAUCAGAUGCUGGCAAACCAGCAGCUCAUGACCAACACUAUCAUCCCUAAGAUCGAAGCCGCCACGCCUGAGUCAGGCGCCUAUCUUAACGAGGGUGACUUUCAGCAGCCCAACUUCCAGCAAACGUUCUUCGGGUCAAAGUACGAGACCCUUCUUGGCAUCAAGUCGAAGUACGACCCGACUGGACUCUUUUACUCGACCAGGGCAGUCGGUUCAGAGCCAUGGACGGUUGCCGAAAACGGACAACUGUGUCGGUCUUGA